CUUCUAUUUAAGUGUUAGUUUCCUUGCACUUUCCUUGUAAAAUCUCAAUCCAAAUAAUACAACUCUUUCUCUCUCCUCAUUUUUUUUCUCUCUCUCUCCUCUUUGAGUUUCUCUCCAAUUAUAUUGGUGAGAAAAAUGGAAGAGAAUUCAAAGUCAGACAUAAUGACAGAAGAAAGAAGCAAAGUAAUAGCAGAGUUUGAUCCUAUGAAGAAGCCUGCUAAGAGAAACAAGUUUGCCUUUGCUUGCGCUACUUUGGCUUCUAUGACUUCUGUUUUACUUGGAUAUGACAUUGGAGUAAUGAGUGGAGCAGCACUCUACAUCCAAAAAGACUGGAAACUCUCCGACAUACAAAUCGGAAUCUUAAUCGGAAGCUUAAACAUCUACUGCCUAUUCGGCUCCUUUGCAGCAGGUAGAACAUCAGAUUGGAUUGGCCGACGAUACACAAUCGUAUUCGCCGGAACAAUAUUCUUCGCCGGAGCAAUACUAAUGGGGUUCGCCACCAACUACGCCUUCCUAAUGGUUGGCCGUUUCGUGGCGGGCAUUGGUGUUGGCUAUGCUCUUAUGAUUGCACCUGUUUACACUGCUGAGGUUUCCCCUGCUUCUUGUAGAGGAUUCCUUACUUCAUUUCCUGAGGUAUUUAUUAAUGGCGGAAUUCUUCUUGGAUAUGUAUCGAAUCUUGCGUUUGCGAAUCUUCCGACUCAUUUGAGUUGGAGGUUUAUGCUUGGGAUCGGGGCUGUUCCGAGUGUGUUCUUGGCUGUUGGAGUACUUGCUAUGCCUGAGUCGCCGAGGUGGCUUGUUAUGCAAGGAAGGCUUAAAGAGGCUAAGAAGGUGCUUGAUCGGACCUCCGACUCGCCUGAGGAGGCUCAACUUAGACUCAGUGAAAUUAAAGAGGCAGCAGGGAUCCCAGCUGAGUGCAACGAAGACAUUGUUACAAUAGACAAAUCAUCAAAGAAUAAUAAAUCUGGUAAAGGAGUUUGGAAGGAGCUAUUUAUCCACGCCACACCGGCAGUAAGGCGCGUGGUAAUCGCCGGUAUCGGAAUCCAUUUCUUCCAACAAGCAUCAGGCAUAGACGCCGUCGUUUUAUACAGUCCAAGAAUCUUCGAGAAGGCUGGAAUUUCAAGGGAUAUUGACAAGUUACGUUGCACCGUUGCAGUUGGAGUUGUUAAAACGUUAUUCAUAUUGGUCGCUACAUUUAUGUUAGACAAAUAUGGACGAAGACCCUUAUUACUAACUAGUGUUGGGGGUAUGGUCAUAGCCCUAGUAACCUUAGCUGCAUCAUUAACCGUUAUUGACCGGUCCCACGAAAAGGUUACGUGGGCUAUAGCGUUGUGUAUAACCAUGGUUUGCGCCUUUGUUGCGUCCUUUUCAAUUGGGUUAGGCCCGAUUACAUGGGUUUAUAGUUCGGAGAUUUUCCCGUUGAGGUUACGGGCUCAAGGUACGAGCAUUGGUGUGGCGGUUAAUAGGGUUGUGAGUGGUGUGAUUUCAACGUUUUUCUUGUCCCUAAGUAAGGGUAUUACUAUUGGUGGCGCGUUCUUUCUAUUCGCAGGGAUGGCUACUAUUGCUUGGAUAUUCUUCUUCACGUUUCUUCCUGAGACUCAAGGGCGUACAUUGGAGGAUAUGCAUGUUUUGUUUGAGGAUUUUAGGUGGAGAGAUUCAUUACAUGGUAAUAAGAAGUCAAGUGAUGAAGUUACUACAAAAGAGGAGGUAAAAGAUGUCAAUGACAAGAACCAAAUACAAAUGGGGGCGACUACUACUACUACUAACACUGCUAACGAUCAAUAAAAAUAGGUUAUAGUUUUGAGAGAAAGUGUAUGUAUAAGUAUAAUUGAAGAAAAAAUCAUGUUGUGUAACAACCUUUUCGGCUUAUUGGGUAAUUAAUCUUAGUUUUCAUACAACUCCUUAUACUCUUAAUGGUUGAAGAAAACCGUACUAUGUAAAAACCAUGCUAUGAAACAACCUUUUUGGCUUUAUUGGGCCGUACA